AUGCCGAAUUGUACAGGAAGUGCCCCCGCCGUGGAAACACACUGUAACCAGUGUAAUGAACCUGACACGGAUCGCAUGGUAAGCUGUUGUCACUGCGAUUCGUGGUGGCAUUUUACCUGUGUGGGUGUGAACGACAGCAUUGAUGCGACAGACCGACCGUUUACAUGCCCAAACUGUCAGAGACCGUCGGCACAGAUUCCGGUGAUUGAUGCACCCGGAAGCAAGGCUAACAGCAAAGCAGGAACGAGCACUUCAACCUGUAGUGCUGGAGCAAUAAGGGCUCGCCUACAGCUCGAGAGACUUGAGGCCCAAAAGGCUUUGGCGAUGAAGCGUAUAGAGUUGGAGCGCCGGGAGCACGAGCGGAAGAUGGAGCAAGAGAAGCAGAAAAAGGAAGCAGAGUUUGAGCGGAGGCAAUUGCACCUAGAGCAGGCGGUAAUGAACGAGUCAUUCCGUUUGAGAGAGGUGAUUGACCUAGGUGGGGAAGGCGAUGAAGACAACCGGAGUGUCGCCUCAGUGCAGAGUUCCUUCAGCAAGGUACAGCAGUGGAAGGUCGCCCAUUCGACGUUGGUUGUCCCGACGGAGAAGGCUCCAGCUAUUGGUACGAGUAACGCGACGACCGCAACUGGAAUACAAGCUAGGCAGGACGGCAUGCAGCAACCAACUAGCAUUAACGAGGGUAUUCUAGAAGCAGCGUUGGCAGGUAUUUCGUUAGGGCAGUCAGGGUUUGAGCCAAUGUUAGGGGGUAUUAUCGGUCGAGCCGAAAGCACAACAGCGCCAAUAGGUGGUAGAGGUCAGGCUAACAUUUUCUCGGUUACCUCCGCGCUCGCCGGGCCUAGCAAAGGCAUCGCAAAUGUAAUCCCCAAGCAGCAUGCUUUCCAAAACUAUCCCUUUCCUCUCACCCAGCCUCCUCCAGCAGGCAAUUCGUUUGUCAUUCCGCGAGUUUUCGAGAAGGCAGACGGUGCCACCAGGAAUCCAAUUGGGACCGCAGGAGCAACCACGGUUGCGGAGUUCCAGGCUGGUGCGCAGCAACCUCCGUUGCAUGACGAGCAGGCGUAUUGGGGACCGACACCGCGACAAUUGGCGGCAAGACACGUGAUGAACAAGGAGUUGCCAAUCUUUUCUGGUAAUCCGGAGGACAGGCCGCUAUUCAUUAGCUCGUACGUUAACUCUACUCAGACGUGCGGGUUUUCGAACGAGGAAAAUUUGGCGAGGUUGCAACGGUGUUUGAAGGGGCACGCACUUGAAUCGGUGCGGAGUCGACUGUUGCUACCGGCGAGCGUCCCAAAUGUUUUAGCUACGCUGGAGACACUUUAUGGUAGACCGGAAUUGUUGAUCCAUGCGUUGUUGCAGAGGAUCCGAGGGGUACCUGCGCCAAAACAGGAAAGACUAGAUACGCUAAUCGGUUUCGGUAUGGCGGUGCAGAAUUUUUGUGAUCAUCUGGAAGCCGGGAGGCAUGAAGCGCAUCUCAACAAUCCGAUGCUACUGUUCGAGUUGGUAGAGAAGCUUCCAGCACAUAUGAAACUGGACUGGUCGCUAUACAAGCAGCGCUGCGGGGAAGUGAACCUGCGUUCUUUCUCGCAGUAUAUGCAGACGCUCGUGCGAGCGGCAUCCAACGUGACCGUGAACUACGAUCCUAGGCCGCAACCUGUACAGCAGCAGCGAAUAGUGAAGGAGAAGAACGAAAAGGACAAAAACUUCUGCGGAACUCACUCAAUGGAGGAUUCUUCUUUGAUGGCGACGAACAAAGAAGCAUCUGGCGUUACGAUGCGCCCAUCAAGCCCAGCGUGUUUCAUUUGCAAAAACUCGGGGCAUCGGGUAAAAGACUGCUCAGAGUUCGACAAGAAAACGGUCGAUGAACGCUGGGAGACAAUACAGAAACUCGGCUUGUGUCGGCGCUGUCUUGGAGCACACGGAAGGCGCCCCUGCAAGAAUCGCAAGCAAUGCGAUAUCGACGGAUGUCAACGGCGUCACCACCCUUUGCUGCACUCCAAACGGGACACAAAUGAAGCCCAGCAGGCCAGGGAAAACGGAAAGACGCCAGGAAAUGGCUGUAAGAAGUUUGGGAACGACGGAAAUUCGGCGAAGAAUGGGUCCAGGCAAGAAUCGAGUGAAGCUAAGACAAGUAGUUCCAAAGCUGUCACCAACCAUCAUUCCGCUGGGAAGACUACGCUUUUUCGUAUUAUUCCAGUGACUUUGUAUGGGAACAAUCGAUCUGUGUCCGUGUAUGCUUUCUUGGACGACGGCUCGGAGAGAACGCUGAUUGACGAAGAGUUGGUAAAGGACCUUGGGGUUGUAGGAGAUCCGCAACAAUUGUGCUUGCAGUGGACGGCGAACGUGAAGAGGUCAGAAGAUAAUUCUCAACGGGUCGCAUUGGAAAUAGCAGGACGGUCAGGGGCAUCCAAACAUUCUUUGUCGGACGUGCGCACCGUAAGCAAGCUGGACUUACCACGACAAUCCUUGCGGUACGCGGAACUCGCAGAAACCUUUCCGUACCUAAAGGGCCUACCGAUCGAUGAUUACGAUCAAGCGGUACCGCGCAUCCUCAUCGGAAACGACAACGCUCACGUUACAUCGACACUCAAGCUACGAGAUGGCCGACCGGGAGAGCCGAUAGCAGCAAAAUCACGUUUGGGAUGGACGGUUUACGGAUCCAACCAGGACAAGUCAGGGGAUAUCGUUCAUAGUUUCCACAUAUGCGAGUGCCAGGAGGCCGAGCAGACCCUACAUGAGCUCGUGGAGAAGUUUUUCUCAGUCGAGAGUCUGGGUAUAAUGGAAGUCGCCCAUCCUGAGUCCGCGGAAACUCAACGAGCAAAUCGGAUCCUGAUGGAAACUACUAAGCGGGUCGGACAGCGAUUCGAAACUGGGCUUCUCUGGAAGUACGAUAGCUUCGAGUUUCCGGACAGCUACCAGAUGGCGGUUCGACGACUGCAGUGUUUGGAAAGGCGUAUGCAGAGGGAUUUACUCAUCGGCGAAAGUGUGAGGAGACAGCUUUCUGAAUAUCAAGCGAAAGGGUACAUACACAAAGCGACCCGGAAGGAGCUCGAUGAUUCAGAUCCACGGCGUACGUGGUACUUACCUUCAGGAGUGGUCAUCAAUCCCAAGAAGCCGUCCAAGGUUCGUAUCUUCUGCGAUGCAGCGGCCAAAGUGGAUGGAGUCGCACUCAACACGAUGCUGUUGAAAGGGCCGGAUCUGCUAAAUACGUUGCUCAAUGUUCUAUACGGAUUCCGGGAGAAACGGGUCGCUCUGUGCGCGGAUCUGAAGGAGAUGUUUCACCAGAUUCGGAUUCGACGAGAAGAUCGACAUGCGCAACGACUGCUUUGGCGAGAUGAUCCUACACAAGCCCCCGAUGUGUAUUUGAUGGACGUCACAACGUUUGGUGCAACGUGUUCACCGUGUUCGGCACAAUUCGUGAAGAAUUUGAACGCUAAGGAGCAUUCAAGACAGUAUCCAGUUGCAGCCGACGCAAUUAUCCGGAAGCACUACGUGGAUGACUACUUGGACAGCGCUGACGACGUUGAUGAAGCGGUGAAGCUGGCACAUGAAGUCAAACUGGUCCACUCUCUCGGCGGAUUCCAUCUGCGGAACUGGCUUUCAAAUUCCACCGAGGUUCUCGCACGGGUCGGGGAGAGAGACCCAGUCACAGAAAAGUGUCUCCAGCUGGACAAGAACAGUUCAACCGAACGCGUGCUUGGGAUGUACUGGAAGCCGGUCGACGAUGUCUUCACGUUUACAACGACGCUAGCGGUGGGUGCGGAGCAUCCAACUAAGCGCCAGGCACUGCGAGUAGUGAUGAGCCCAUUCGAUCCGGCAGGAUUGUUGUGUUUUUUCCUCAUACACGGCAAGAUACUAAUCCAGGAGCUGUGGAGGGCGAAGACGACAUGGGAUCAACUAAUUCCGGAGGAGUUACUUGGGAAGUGGAUGCGGUGGACGAGUUUGUUCAAACAUCUGGACCAGAUUAGCAUUCCGCGUUGCUACUUUCCGCAACGUUCGGUGAAAGAUAUCUUGUCGCUGCAACUGCAUAUCUACGUGGAUGCUAGCGAAGAAGCUUAUGCGUGUGUUGCUUACUUUCGGGCGGUAUUUCCGGAUGGGAUUUCUGUUGCGUUAGUCGGUGGGAAAUCCAAGGUGGCUCCACUGAAGGCACACUCCAUCCCACGGUUGGAGUUGAUGGCAGCGGUAAUCGGAGUACGCUUGAUGAAGACCAUCCUCACUGGGCACUCGCUCGUAGUCGAGAAGACAGUGUUAUGGUGUGACUCUAAGACGGUGCUGGCUUGGAUAAAUUCAGAUCAUCGAAGAUAUCGCCAGUUCGUAGCUUGCCGAGUAGGUGAGAUUUUGUCCAAGUCGGAGGCGAAGCAAUGGCGUUGGAUAUCAUCGAGAAAGAACGUCGCCGACGAUGCGACAAAGUGGGGAAAAGGGCCGUGUUUGUCCUCAGGUGGCCGUUGGUUCCGUGGUGACAACGAUUUAUAUUUGCCAGAAGAUCAAUGGACCGUAGAUGCAGAUUCAGUCGGCGCGACGACCGAUGAAGAGCUGAGGUCGUGUUUGGUGCACAAGGAGGUUAUCGUACCGCCACAACUUGUGAGGUGGGAGCGAUUCUCGAAACUGACGCAUUUGUAUCGAUCGGUAGCACAUGUUCAUCGCUACGUACAAAAUCUAUGGCGAACGGUAAAACGAGAGACUCGACUGGACGGACCACUCACUCAAGAGGAAUUAGCAACAGCCGAAACCACAAUCUUUCGUUGGGUGCAGUGUGAGCAGUAUCCGGACGAGGUGGCGACUUUGUCAGUAAUGCGGGACAAGCAGCCAGGACAACAGGCGCGGCUGGAGAAAACCAGCAAAAUAUACAAACUGUCUCCGUACUUGGACGAAGCAGUGACUAGACUGCUGGUUGAAUGGUACCACCAACGAUUUCUUCACGCCAAUGGCGAGACUGUCGUGACUGUCGAAGUGAGACAGCGUUUCCACAUAUCGCAGCUGCGCCCGUUCGUGCGUAAGGUGGCUAAAGAGUGCGCCUUGUGUAAAGUCAAGAAGCCAAGUCUGGCGACACCCCGAAUGGCUCCACUCCCGGUGGCCAGGUUGCAGGCGUACGUACGUCCGUUUUCCUACGUAGGCAUCGACUAUUUCGGGCCGAUCGGCGUGCGGGUGAACCGAAGUAUUGCAAAACGAUGGGUAGCUCUGUUCACGUGUAUGACCACACGAGCAAUCCAUCUCGAAGUCGCUCACACACUUUCAACGGAAUCUUGCAAGAUGGCGAUCAGGCGUUUCAUCGGACGCAGAGGAGCACCUGUGCAGAUCCGCAGCGACAGGGGCACAAAUUUCGUGGGAUCGAGCAACGAACUUAAGCAGGAGAUGGGCAAAAUCGAGCGCCAGCUUGCCGAAACGUUCACCAACGCGAACACGAAAUGGGUGUUUAACCCACCUGGAUCACCUCACAUGGGUGGCGCCUGGGAGCGUCUAGUGCGGUCGGUGAAAACCGCUCUUGCUGCAAUGGAGUCUUCUCGAACGCCGAACGAAGAAACGCUGGCAACGUUGCUAGUGGAAGCUGAGAGUGUGGUCAAUUCGAGACCGCUAACAUAUAUUCCUCUGGAGACGGUGCAACAGGAGGCUCUAACACCGAACCACUUUCUUCUAAUGAACUCGAGCGGCGUAACGCAGACUCCGAAGACGCUUACGGAUCCAAGACAAGCCUGCAGGAACGACUGGAAUCUAUGCCGUACAAUGGUAGAUCAGUUUUGGCGCCGGUGGGUGCGGGAAUAUCUUCCUACCAUCGCACGUCGUACCAAGUGGUUUGAGGAGACGAAACCGAUCGAGGUAGGAGAUUCGGUGAUCAUCGUAGAGGAGAAGAUACGCAACGGAUGGAUUCGAGGACGUGUAGCCAAGGUCGUGGUGGGCCGAGAUGGGCGAGUUCGCGAUGCCGUGAUGCAGACUCCCGACGGAAUGGUGCAUCGACAAAGCUGGCGCGAAUCGACAUAG